UGAAGCCUACCGCCGUCCUGAGGACAGUUCAUCCAAACCAGCUAAAAGGGACGAGGGGAGCAUAGUUGUGUGGGAAGACACGGCGGAGCUCGUGGCGCGCGGCGCGCAGAAGUUUAGAUCCAAGCUCGCGCUCUGCGCUCGCGCUGUUCGGCGGUAAAGAAGCGCGGGGACCCUCUCCGGAAUGAUGACGCUGUGGUUUCUCCUCACGCAUCUUCUCUUCGUCGUGUGCCAACUUCCCGACGCAACGCACGCUCAGACAGCGCUUCCUCCAGAGUGCAUGUCUGGUGGCCACUGGGUUCUGCAGAACCCCCACCGCAGCACCACCUUCAGCUCCAGCAGCCUGCAGCAGGACUUCGUCUGUGACAACUCCCUCACUCCAGGCUGGUACCAGUUUCAGAUGUUUGACAAGCGGGCCAGUAUGCCCACACAGUGUGUGGAGGUAAACCACUGUGGGACCCAGGCUCCGGUGUGGCUGUCCCUGCGUGACGGUGAGACCCUUCCGGGACCGCUGGAGGUAAGGCAGCUGACAGCCUGCGCUGCCUGGCAGGUCUUUCAGAGCAGCGGCCAAGACUGCUGCAUGUUCCGCAUCCCGGUCACCGUCCGCAACUGUGGAGAUUUCUAUGUUUACCUGCUGCAGCCCACACAGGGAUGCAUGGGCUACUGCGCACAAGAGAUGACGGAAACUUUACCCACGGUCUCUCCCCGCUGUGGUCCUGACCAGGUGAACGUCGGCGGCGUAUGUAAAACUAAGCAGCCUCCCGCUCCAUCCGUGCCUGUGAUUGUCCCAGAAGCGAAAGGCAACACAGUCCACCUGAAGUGCAGCUUUGACAGCAGCUUCAACGGCUCCCUGGGCUACGUGGUAGCUUGGUCGCGCCUCUCCCCUGGAGGUGCAAAGGAGGAGCUCAGAAAGGAGACCACCAUUCACACCUCCGUCUUUAUUGAACUGGAUGGCUUCAACCUGCGGUUGGGGGACAAGAUUUACUGCUCCAGCUCCAGUUUCUGGUUGGAAUCACCAGAUAUUUGGGGCAAUCCAGUGGAAAGUCAGGAGUUUUUCGCUGGGAUAAGGUUGAAACCAGAAGUGAGUCGUGUGUCCGAGGAUGGGAGGUGGUACGAGCUUCUGGUUGAGAGCACGGUUCCUCUCCCAUGUGCGGACGGCUCUUUCUCUUUUACGGAAAAGUGUAUUUUGUCUCUGCAGCUCAGCACCAGCAGUCAAGAUGAGGACUUGUUGGGUGCAGAUUUGUCUCUGUCAUCAUGUAAAGUGGAUCUGUCCCAGGGCCCCUGCAGCGACGGGGUCUGUAGCCGGGAUCUGAUUCACUUCAGCCCCAACGCAGACUUUGUCAAAGAGGGCGAAAGAACCAGUCACAUCUCAGUAAAACCCAUCGUCACACAGAGUUUUCUCUGGAAUGGGUAUUCACCAGAACAGGUUCAGAUUACUGUGAAUGAUGUUCUCCCAGCAUAUUGUUACUCCUUCACAGACCCUCACAUUAUCACUUUUGAUGGCAGGUUCUACGAGAACAAUCAAAUAGGCACCUUUGUUCUCUACAAGAGCAACGAUUGGCCCUUUGAGGUCCAUGUUCGUCAGUGGGAAUGUGGCAGCGUGGUGCACGCCGCCUCCUGCGUGUGCGGCUUUGUGGCGAGGGACGGCGGUGCGGUUAUCGCGUUUGACAUGUGCAACGGUGAGAUGGGCGAAACGAAACCUCGUCUGUCUGUGAAGCGCAGACACACGGGUCAUAACGGCGUCCGGAUCAGUGAGUCCUACCAAGGCCGCAAAGUCACUAUCACAUUCUCGUCGGGAGCGUUUGUUCGGGCCGAUGUCUCCGAUUGGGGAAUGAGUCUGACUCUGAGGGUUCCCGGUUCAGCCCAGAAUCACACGCAGGGUCUGUGUGGGACAUAUGAUGGAAACCCGGACAAUGACUUCCACUCAGCAGGGGGCGCUACACUGGAGCAACUGCACGAUUUUAUAUCGGAGUGGAGACUCCCUGCAGGCAGCAGCUUGUUUGACUCGGUGCUGGCCCACGACCACACACCAGAUAUCCACAGGCACUGUAACUGUCAAGCAGAUCACCUCAGACCAUCUCCCAGAUCUGGAUCCCCUCAGAUCUCCUUUGACUCCACCUGCUCUAAUCAUAGAUUUACCAGUUUCAUCCCCUCUCUGGAUGUUACAGCCAAGUAUAUCAGUUCAGUGGAGAUACAAAAAGAAAAUGAAAGACGACGUCUCACUCUGGGUGACUCUCACAGAGAGUUUCACGCAGACAGAACAUCAUCCUCCACUUAUCACCAAAAGAUUCUGCCGUACACACCCACUUCCCCGCACCAAAGCUUGAGACAGUCUGAUCUGAAGAGCUUCUCAUACUUUUUCCCAGAGGACCAUGAAUCCUCUGUUCAGCCAGAAGCUCCGCUAAGGUGGCCGACUCCCUCUGGUCUGACUCAGCAGCAGGCUCAGGCUCAGUGUGAGCAGACUGUGGAAAACUCGAGCAUCGUUCUGGGCUGCAGGCUCCUGUUAGAACGUUCGAUAAUCAGCCGAGCUGUGGCCAUGUGUGUCGCAGACCUGCAGCUGAAAGACGAGCCGUCAUGGCUGAACGCGACAUUACCGCUGCUGGAGAACGAGUGCGAGAGGAGGCUGGAGGAGGAGCGAAGGAGAUUGGAGAAGCACAGAGACGCCGUGUCCUUCCUGAGGUGUCCGAACCUGUGCAACGGGAACGGCCAGUGCUCCGAGUGGGGGUGUGUCUGCUUUCCUGGGUUCGGUUCAUAUGACUGCAGCGAGCUGACGGACCAGAUUCCAGAGAUCACAGAGUUGAUGAAGGAGGACCUGUGCAACGUCCGUCAAGAAGACUGCUCCACCAUCCGGGUCUUAGGUCAUGGUUUCAAGGACUCCAGCCAGCUCAAGUGUGAGUUUGUUAAAGAAAAGUUUGAAGAUGGGGAGUGGGUCAUGGCUGCUCCUCAGUUUGUUCAGGCCACCUUUCUGAAUGAAGCAGGUCUGGAGUGCCUGCUCCCCCUGGAGGACAACCGGGAUCCUGCAGACGUGGACAUGGAGGGGCUGAGGAACAGAGCUGUUACUCGCUGGCAGAUCAAAGUUUCUAACGAUGGCUACAGCUACAGCAACGCCAAGAUCCUGACUCUGUAUGACGGAGCCUGUCAGAUCUGCAGCAUCGACACAGAAAUCAUCUGUGCCCUCAGGGAGAAGACCUGCAUGAUUGAGGGUUUGUGCUACAGUGAGGGGGAGUCUAGUCCCAGCAGUCCUUGCUUCACGUGUCAUCCGGAUCUGUCCAAACACACAUGGUCCAAAGCUGAGAGGAACGAGCCUCCACUGUUCAAGCCACCUCAGAUUCCUCUCCGCUCCUUCCAGGGGGAGGAUUUCAUCUACCAGCUGCAAGCUCGGGACCCCGAAGGCUCCGUGCUUCUUUUCAGCCUGGUGUCAGGUCCCAAAGGGGCUUCACUCACUUCAGCUGGACUGCUGAUGUGGAAGGCUGCCUCUGAAUCCACAGACCCCCAGGCUUUCCACUUCACUGUGACUGACGCCUGCAGCGCUGAGACAGCCGCCUCUGUCCAGGUUUCUGUGCAGUCCUGCGGAUGUCUUAACGCAGCCUCCUGCAUCACCAAUGUGAACUUCCCUGUUGGACGCGGGGAAUACGUCUGCGUUUGUCCAGAUGGAUUCACGGGACAGAGGUGCGAGGUGGACAUAGACGACUGCAAACCAAACCCCUGCAGACUGGGUCGCUGCAUUGAUGCACCCAACUCUUUUUCCUGCGUCUGCCCUCCUGGAAUGACGGGACGGACAUGUAGAGAAGAUGUAGAUGAGUGCCUCUCCGGGCCGUGCUUCCCUGCAGUGAGCUGCAGCAACACACUGGGCUCCUUCAUCUGUGGGUCCUGUCCACAAGGAUACAGUGGCGAUGGGAAAACCUGCCAAGCGGAGGAAAAUGUCCUGGCCUCUCCGGUGAAGACACCAGUGAGCGGGCCGCAGGUUUCUCAGGGAGCUAAACCAUUGAGCCCUUCGCCGUGCAGCAGAGCGCCGUGUUACCCGGGUGUUCGAUGCUUUGAGACCGUUCAUGUUUCAGCUGGUUUUGCAUGUGGAGCCUGUCCUCCUGGUCUGCAAGGAAACGGACAAACAUGCACAAAAACUGGUCUGGAAACGGUCACCAAUGGAGCAAAUAGUUGGACUCAUAACCCUGAGUCUAAUUCCACCCAUGAAAGGACCCACACCUCUUCAUCUCCUGCCUCAUACAACCAACCACUUGACAGGAAGUGGAGACCAGAGACGAACAGCUCCAGAAGCGCUUCCUUCAAAGACAAACAGCCCACUCCAACUCCUCCAAACGAAGCAGCAGCUGGAGUGUUUGCUCCCACUGUCCAUAGGGGGCAGCACAGCAGGGUGGAGCUGUCCCCCAUGCUCUCUGGGGCGAGACGGAGGCCAGAGAGCUACGCUGUGACCUGUGCUCACUCUACCUGCUUUCCAGGUGUUCCCUGUGAGCCCACACGCUCAGGAUCCUUCAGGUGUGGCCGCUGUCCGUACGGCUACACCGGGGACGGAGUCACAUGUAAAGCUAUUUGCAGAUCUCAGUGUGGGCUGAACAUGGAGUGCUCUCUGCCCAACACCUGCACCUGCAAGGCGGGUUACACCGGAUACAACUGUCACAUAGCCGUGUGCCGACCUGACUGUCGGAACCAGGGGAGGUGCGUGAAACCCAACGUGUGUGAAUGUCCUGCAGGCUACAGCGGGCCUACCUGCAAAGAAGCGAGCUGCGAGCCGCCGUGCCAGCAUGGAGGUACUUGUCUGGCCAGAAACCUUUGUACCUGCGCCUACGGCUACGUGGGGCCCAAAUGUGAAAUCAUGGUUUGUAACAGGCACUGUGAAAACGGCGGCGAGUGUGUUUCCCCAGAUGUCUGCAGAUGUAAACCUGGCUGGAACGGACCGACGUGCAGCUCCGCUCUGUGUGACCCUGUCUGUCUGAACGGAGGAUCAUGUAUGAAGCCCAACAUCUGUGCCUGUCCCAGUGGCUUUUUCGGCUCUCAGUGCCAAAUUGCUGUUUGCAGUCCACCCUGUAAAAACGGAGGUCAGUGUAUAAGAACCAACGUGUGCUCCUGCCCUGAAGGAUACACGGGGAAAAGGUGCCAAAAAAGUGUUUGUGAGCCGAUGUGCAUGAACGGUGGCAAGUGUGUUGGUCCGAACACGUGCUCUUGUGCUUCAGGCUGGAGGGGGAAGAGGUGUGACAUACCUGUUUGUUUGCAAAAAUGUAAAAAUGGCGGCGAGUGUGUCGGACCAAACACGUGUUACUGUCCUGCUGGCUGGGAAGGUCUGCACUGCCAAACACCGAUCUGUAGACGGGCGUGCCUGAACGGGGGGCGGUGCGUCUUGCCCGACCACUGCCACUGUCGGAGAGCCUUCAAAGGCCUCACCUGCGCUGUAAAGGCUUCACGUGCAAGAUAAGACAAGAAGGAGAAUCAUGUCUGCAAAAGACAUAAGAGGAAACUCCAGAUUAUGUUUGUAGGUGUGUGUCUGAGUGCACGACAGAACAACAUGUGCUUACACGUGCACAUCUGAACUCUGACUGAGGAACAUGACUUAUUGCACUUGUGGGUUUUUUUCUCUGCAUUUCGCUACCUCAAGGCUUAAAGUAAAAUCUGUUGAAUUCAUUUAAAGAACUUUACACAGUAUAUAGAUGUAUAUGUGCAGUGUAUAUGUAUACACCCCUGUCAAAAUGUCAGAUUUUUGUAUUAAAAAACAAAACAAAUCCACGAUAAAUGAUUUUAAGCUCUUUUCCAACAUUACGUUUAAUAAGACAUACUGUAUAACCUGUUCAAUCCAACAGAAAAAUACAUUGGUUUGACUAUAAAUGAAAAAAAAUAUAAAAUUGCUGUAUAUUAUUCAAAUAAUAUAUGUGUAGAAACAAUGUUUGAUUGAACUUCCUCAUUCGGUUUGUCUACCUGUAUCCAACACCUAACUUCAUGUUUGCCCACUCUACCUGGCAAAGCUUUCCAAAAUCGAUCAGAUUGUGAGGAAACCGCACCUCUUGCCCUCAGGCCUCUUUUACAUCAUCCAACGGAUUUUCUUUCAUGUUUAACUCUAAACAAAAACAUAAUUUUUCUUCUGCUGAAGCCAUUUGUUGAUGUUUAGAGUCACUGUGAUGCUAAAAAAAAUUUAAUCCCUCUUUAUCCUCAGCUUUCUAAGAAAGCUGUGUUUUGCUACAAAGCUGGCUGGUAUUUUUCGUCCAUCUCGACAGAAAACUGAGUUGUGUUUAAAAAAAAACCAUAUCCUAGGUGUGAUCCAUGUUGAAGCACAUCUGUGGGUGCGGUGUUCUUUUGGCGGUGUUCUGCAGGUUGUGCUGCUGCCAGAUUGGUGUGUUUUUGAGUAAUGGGGAAAAAGUUCCACUUUGGUUCCCUCAGACUGUAAAAACUUGUCCUCUCAGAAUAUCUAAGCUCAGACCGGAUGCUUUAAAAGGGAAACCCUCUGUUUUACAACUCUACUCCUCAGUCCAGACAUACGAUCUGCAGAUUGUUCUCACAUGUAGAAGACAAGCUGUACUGAUUUAAAAUUUCUGCAAAUCCUUCAGUGAUGCUGUCACCCUCUUUGACCAGACAGUCUUGUCUCUUCAUUCGUUUUGCAAAAACUUUGGAAAAUAAUUGCUGAAGGAUGCAAAUUUCAGGAAAAUCCUAAACAUUUGCAGUUUGUAAGUGUUAGCUUAAGGGUGCGUAGACUUAUGCAACCAGGUUAUUUCAUCUCAAAACAGAUUUUUCCAGUUGAAUUAUACAAACAAUUUACGUCAUUGAAGGUGGGGAAAUAAUUUAUCAUGGUCUCAUUCAAAUACAAUUUUAGCUUUAGGAUUCCUUGCCUUGAUGAUAAACUAUAAUCUAAUUUACCUUUUCCCAAACUGAUGCUUAAUUUUUAACAUUUUUCUUGAAUUCAGUUUGAUUUUACAGAAGGCAUAAUUAAUAUGAAGUCACUUAUAUAAAUACGUUGCAAUUAUUUACGUCGACGGCAGAUAUUAUGGAAAUUUGAAAUGCAAGUUUCAUAAAUGUUUUGCUAAUAUAAUGCAGAUCAUAUGCACCAAAUGUACUGCUUCUGUCUGUUGUGUAAAUAAAUGUUUAACACCA